UAUCAAUGAAUCGGAUAAUUAUCCAAAGCUGACUUCUGAUUCUGAUAAUACCUGCUCACAAAAAAAGGGAUUUAAUUUUUCAAGUAUAUUAAAACUAGGAGAAAAUCAUUUUUCAUUUUCUACACAAAAUGCCAUUCCUAUAGUACCAUCAGAAAACCCAUGUGAAAUAUCAGCUACAAAUCCAUUCAUUUUUGGAGAGAAUACUAUCGAUUCACCAAAAUUAUCAAACAUGGACAAAAAUGAUAUAAAAACAAAUGUUUUCUCUAAAUGGUUUCAAGAUGUUAAAAGCAACGAAACGGUAUUAACUAUCGGCAACAAUAUAUCUGUUAAACAUACGAGUGAAUGCAAUGCUAAUGGUAAUAGAAUAACUGCUUCAGAUGCUGCAAUAGGGUCUCAGAGUCCCAAAUCCAUGAGUCGAAGUUCAAGUCCAGUUGGCAUCCUAUUUUCCGGAAUGAGUCAAGCAAGAAGGAGUUCCAACCAGUCAGAUACUAGUGCUCUAGUAAGUAGCAUUACCAGGGAUAUUUCUCAAUCACUCAGUCAAACAAGGGAAAUGUCGCCUAGUCCUGGUGGUAGUCCUCUUCACACUCAAUCUGAAUCAAGCCCAACUCCAACUUCAAAAAAUGACUCUAUUGUAUCAGAACAAAUUCAACAUAAACAAACUGGCACACAAACUUCUCCGGAUUAUACAAAUAAAAUGCCUAUAAAACCACAUUUUUCUAUUGGUAUAACUGGAAAAGAAGAAAAAAUAUCACCAAAAUUAAUACGUAAAGACAGAACCAUAGCUAAAGUGAGGUCAAAACGAUCUAUAUCACCGGCACAGUUGCAACAAUUACCAACCAAUUUAAAAAUGAUUUAUUCUGAAACGGAGUCUGUUAAACAAGCAAUGAGUCCUUCGCUAGCAGAAGCUUUAAGAGCUAUCUUUGCGGCUUUUUUGUGGCAUGAGGGUAUGUAA